AACGGACCAAUCCCCACUCUCUCCUCCUCUCCGCUUCUCCAUUCGCCGGCGCCGCCCGAACCAAUCGCCCCGAGGAGGAGGAGACCUAGGGUUUCCUCGUCCUCGUCGUCGUCGUCUUCCCCCGCGCCGCCGCCCGCUCCUCCCUUCGUCUAUCCCCGGAGGUUUGAGAAGAGUUGCUUGUCCUAAAAUGAGGCCAGUUUUCUGUGGAAACCUUGACUAUGAUGCUCGCCAAUCUGAGAUUGAGCGCCUCUUCAGCAAAUAUGGACGUGUGGAGCGUGUUGACAUGAAGUCGGGAUAUCAUGGAGCAUCUCUGCUCUUCCUGGAUGAUGGACUGGGCUCUACCUUUCCUGCCUGAGCCCCGCUCAUCUCUUGUCCAUCUCCAGGAGCUCAGAGUCCAUCCUGGCAUCUGUUCACUUGGAAACAACCACCUCGUGAAUGAUGCCUUACUUUUACGAUCAGCAUUGCACCCUCCUCUGCGUUGCACUCUCCUCCCCCGUCCGAUUACAAUUUCCCACGCCAAUCCAACCAUGCCAACCACACGGCCGGCUGGAGACGAGUGGAGGUUGCCACCACCACCUCUUUGAUGUACCACGAAUGUUUGGAUUAAUGUACAUUGACGUCAUUUAGUUCGACAUAUGCAAGGUCUGUUCCUGUUUAUUCUGGCGUAUUAGUUUGUAGCCUAGUGAGGUGAUCUUAAAAUCUUUUCAGUGCAGGGAUUUUAUCAAUCAUGAUCCAUCCUAGAGUUUGUGCCACUAUGAUAUCUUUUUAACUAACUAGCUACUUUAUCAUGUUCAACAUGGCAGGGUUUGCCUUUGUCUACAUGGAAGAUGAACGUGAUGCUGAUGAAGCUAUCCAUAGGCUUGACAGAAUUGAAUUUGGCAGAAAAGGGAGGAGACUUAGGGUUGAAUGGACAAAGGAGGAUCGCAGUGGUGGUAGAAGAGGGAACUCAAAGAGAUCUCCAAACAAUACAAGGCCAACCAAAACUUUGUUUGUGAUCAAUUUUGAUCCAAUCAACACAAGGACAAGAGAUCUGGAGAGGCACUUCGAUCAAUAUGGCAAGAUCUCGAAUGUCAGAAUCAGAAGGAACUUUGCCUUUGUCCAGUAUGAGUUACAGGAAGAUGCUACUAAAGCACUGGAGGGUACAAAUGGAAGCACUCUUAUGGACAGGGUUAUCUCUGUGGAAUAUGCACUUCGUGAUGAUGAUGAGAAAAGGAAUGGAUACAGCCCAGAAAGAAGAGGCCGUGAUCGAUCUCCAGACAGGAGGGACUAUCGCGGGCGGUCUGCAAGUCCUUAUGGCAGAGGGCGUGAGAGGGGCAGCCCUGACUAUGGAAGAGGCAGGGAGAGGGGCAGCCCGGACUAUGGCAGGGGUGGUGACAGAGGUAGCCCUGAUUAUCACCGUGGUGCAAGUCCGCAAGGGGGCAACAAAGGUGAUGAGAGGGGCAGCCCCCCUAACAACUACGACCGUGAACGCCGUGAAGCCAGCCCUGGCUAUGAUAGGCCCCGCAGUCGCUCACCUGCGAGGUACGAGAGAGAAUGAAGUUGCUCCACAUGAUGCCUGCGCUGCACCUUCCUGCUUCAGAUCAAUGGACGCACUAUUAUUAUGUACUGAACUGCUGAUGUUGUCUCUCUGAAAGUUGUAUUAGUAAUUGGUAGCAGACGAUUCGUGUACUAGCUAGCUCUAGAACAAUGUUUUGUGGAUCUCAACUCGUGUUGUUAGCUUACACCUCUUUUCCCGCUUUGAUAUGAGAUGCUUAAACUUCCAGUAUUGACUAUUUUGGCUGACAGCCUGACACUAUGGUAGAUUGCUGCACCAAAACGAAUUUGCUCUUUGUCA